AGACACUACGCUGCAUCAAAGUCACGUAUAGAUAUCGGAAAGUUCUUAAUCUCCAGAGGCGCCGACAUCAACGCGAAAGAUAGGGCAAAUCAACAUCCACUACAUCGCGCGGCCACCACAGGGUCCGUCGGGUUCAUAAAACUCCUUCUGGAGUCGUCGACCGCCCCGAACAAGACACGACUGAAUACCGGGGAUAGAAUCGGCAACACGCCCCUCCACCUCGCCAUAGAAUCUGGCCAUGCGGAGGCAGCCGUCCUUCUCAUUAAUGCCGGCGCUGACCGCGAGCGGUUGAAUCAAGAUGGCGAGGCUCCGGAAGAUCUAGAGGGCGUCGGAGGGGUGGAGAAGCGUAGGAUCCUGCAGCAUAUCAUCGACUCGUGUGGAAAGCGCUAA